CAUAAUUCCUGGUUCAUUCCACUUCACAAGAUAUUUCUAGGAAUAGCUCACCAAAGCAACCCUUGAACCAAGGACAUGGCCACGAUCACAGCCGAUACAUCAUGGGAGCUAUCCGUGCAGGUAGAUCAAAAAGAGGGAGAUGAGUCCAUGAAAUUCAAGCUGAGGGUGAAGGGAGACUUGCACGUUGGAGGCCUCAUGCUUAAGCUGGUGGAGAAGAUCAGGGCUACUCAGGACUGGUCAGACCAUGCCCUGUGGUGGGAACAAAGGAAAUGCUGGCUGCUCAAGACCCACUGGACCUUGGACAAGUAUGGAAUUCAGGCUGAUGCUGACCUGCGCUAUACACCCCAGCACAAACCCCUGUUGCUGCAACUCCCCAAUAUGAAAACCAUCAAAAUGACCGUCAGCUUCUCCAGUGUGGUCUUCAAGGCGGUGGCGGAGAUCUGUCAAAUACUCAACAUCAGAAGAUCAGAGGAACUGUCCCUGCUGAAGCCUCCAGAUGAUCCCUCUAAGAAGAAGAAGAAGAAAGACAAGAACUCAACACAGGAAGACAUCUGGGACAUCGAUUUACUUAAGGGGGGACCAGGUGGCACAGGCCCCAUGUACAGUAAGACCAUGACAGCCACCUACGACCCAGAGAACGGGAUGCCAGUGUCUGCCACGAGCCUUUGGUUUGGAGAAAACCCUCUAGCCGAAUGCCAGCCAAACUUGCCACCUGCCGAGCUGGCCAAGAUGUACCAGCCACUCUCGCUAGUGGACAAAGCAAACAACAAUGCAGGGUGGUUGGACUCGUCUCGUUCUCUUAUGGAGCAAGACAUCCAAGAUGAAGAAAAGCUAUUGCUUCGCUUCAAGUACAAUGUCUUCUUUGACCUCAAUCCUAAAUAUGAUGCUGUCAGAAUAACGCAGCUAUAUGAACAAGCGCGCUGGUCCAUCCUGCUGGAGGAGAUAGACUGCACAGAGGAGGAAAUGCUGAUGUUUGCUUCAUUACAGUAUCACAUUUGUAAAUUGACCAUGUCAAGUGAGCCACUGGACAACUCCAACGAACCAGAAAUAGAUGAAGUAGAGGCUGCCCUGUCCAACUUGGAGGUGACACUUGAAGGCGGACACGCAGACAGAAUUCUGGAAGACAUUACACACAUUCCAGAGUUGGCAGAUUCCCUCCGGCUGUUUAGGCCCAAAAGACUAACGCUGCGGGCGUACAAAGAGUACUGGUUUGUAUUCAAGGACACCACCAUCUCCUACUACAAGAACAAGGAGGCCGCCAGUGGAGAACCCAUAGAGCAGUUUCACCUCCGAGGUUGUGAUGUAGUCCCAGAUGUCAACGUGACGGACAAGAAGUUCGGCAUCAAGCUCCUGCUCCCAGUUGCUGACGGGAUGAAUGAAGUGUACAUCCGAUGUGACAAUCAAACACAGUACGCCAAAUGGAAAGCUGCAUGUAUCCUGGCUUCAAAGGGCAAGACAAUGGCCUACAGCUCCUACAAAACAGAAGUUAAGAACAUCCAGUCUUUUCUGCAAAUGAAGAGCCUGGCGCCCCCUCCUGGUCAGGCAGCACCUGACCUUGACGCUAUGGAGAUGAAUUCUGAAAGUUUUGUUUCCCCACGCUACGCCAAGAAGCAGAAGACCAAACAGCUAACAGCACGUAUCCUGGAGGCUCAUCACAACAUAGCACGGCUGUCCCUAAUGGAGGCCAAGAUGCGCUUUAUCCAGGCGUGGCAAUCGCUUCCAGAGUUCGGUAUCAACUACUACAUUGUCAGAUUUAAAGGCAGUAAGAAGGAUGAGAUUCUGGGGAUCUCAUAUAACCGUCUGAUUCGUCUUGACAUGUCCUCUGGUCUGCCUGUCACCACAUGGAGGUUCGCCAACGUGAAGCAGUGGAAUGUUAAUUGGGAGAUAAGACAGGUGACCAUAGAGUUCGACCAGAGUGUGUCAAUAGCCUUCUGCUGUUUGAGCUGUGACUGCAAGGUGGUCCAUGAGUUCAUUGGUGGUUACAUCUUCCUCUCCACAAGAUCUAAAGACCAGAACGAGACUCUAGAUGAAGACAUGUUCCAUAAACUUACUGGAGGCCAAGAAUGAGCUCUGUGAUUCUUACACUACAUCUGUUGCUUAUUUACAUACAUGACACAAUGUGAAAGGACAGAAUUCAUCUUCUGUAGCAGAGGUAACACUGAACACUGAGCAAAUCACCAAAGAAAGAAGAAAAUGUAAUACAAUGUAAUACACUUACAAUAGCAACAAAUCUGUCAUUAUAUAUCCUGCUAUAGAGUUAUAGCAAUGUACCUGCACUAUAAAUAUAAUGGUGGUUGGUGUUGAUGUAAAUAUGUAGUCCAGAUGUGUCUUUCUCUCAAAACUUGGAUCAGCUAAUAUUUGUAAGAAUGAUACUUUUUUUUAAGGCAAAGAGAUGUCCUCAUUUUCACAAACAAAAAUGUUUAUAUCAUUAAAGGGGGUUUUUGUAUUUCA